AUGGGUAUGGGUAUGGGUAUGGAUAUAGAGCAGAUGUCAAAGAAAAAAAAAAGAUAUGCAUAUGCUACGAAACUUCGUAACUCGUCGAUAUUUAUUUUUGCAGUAUAG